UAUCCGCGUUCCUCAACUCUUUCCUCGGGCUGCGGGAGUGUGAGGCUGCCGCUGUGGAUCGUGGAUCAGAGGAAAGACAUGUAUCAGUUAUGCGCCACAGGAGCCAGAGAUCCACUCAGUAACGAGGCCGGUAAACUGUCAUGAUUCCCAUCACUGAGUUGCGAUACUUCGCUGAUACACAGCCGGCGUAUCGUAUCCUGAAACCAUGGUGGGACGUGUUCACAGACUACAUCUCCAUCGUCAUGCUGAUGAUCGCGGUGUUCGGUGGCACGCUGCAGGUCACGCAGGACAAAAUGAUUUGCCUGCCGUGCAAAUGGGUCGUCAACCAGACCUGCCAACAACUCAACGUCAGCGUGCCGCUUAAUGCCGAGCCCAAGGGCAUCCAGUACGACCUCGACAGACACCAGUACAACUACGUGGACGCCGUGUGUUACGAGAACAAGCUGCACUGGUUCGCAAAGUACUUCCCGUAUCUGGUGCUGCUGCACACGCUGAUCUUUCUAGCGUGUAGUAACUUCUGGUUUAAGUUUCCGCGGACCAGUUCGAAGCUGGAGCAUUUCGUGUCGAUCCUGCUGAAGUGUUUCGACUCGCCGUGGACGACGCGGGCGCUUUCUGAGACGGUGGUGGAGGAGAGCGAUCCGAAGCCGGCGGGGAAGAUGAACGGCUCGAUGGAUAAGAAAACCUCCAGUGUCAGCGACCAGGAUGUGGAAGCAAGCGUUCCCAUGCUGCAGAGGACCAAGUCCCGCAUCGAGCAGGGCAUCGUGGACCGUUCGGAGACGGGCGUCUUGGAAAAGAAGGAAGGAGAGCAGGCCAAGGCGCUGUUUGAGAAGGUGAAGAAGUUCCGUAUCCACGUGGAGGAGGGUGACAUCGUUCACCGUCUUUACAUCCGCCAAAUCAUCAUCAAAGUCAUCCAGUUCCUCAUCAUCAUCUGCUACACCAUGUACUACGUCCACCACAUCAAGUUCAGUGUGCCGUGCACCGUGGACAUCGAGCGGCUGACCGGUUAUCGCACGUACCACUGCGCCCAUCCUCUGGCCACGCUCUUUAAGAUCCUGGCCUGCUUCUACAUCAGCCUGGUGGUGGUUUACGGUCUCAUCUGCAUGUACACGCUGUACUGGAUCAUCAGCCGCUCGCUAAAGCGCUACUCCUUCGAGUCCAUUCGUGAGGAGAGCAGCUACAGCGACAUCCCCGACGUCAAGAACGACUUCGCCUUCAUGCUGCACAUGAUCGAUCAGUACGACCCGCUGUACUCCAAGCGCUUUGCCGUCUUCCUGUCGGAGGUCAGCGAGAACAAACUGCGACAGCUGAACCUGAAUAACGAAUGGACUCUGGAGAAACUCAGACAGAGGAUAACCAAAAACUCGCAGGAGAAGCUGGAGCUGCACCUCUUCAUGCUGAGCGGCAUCCCGGACACAGUGUUUGACCUGGUCGAGCUGGAGGUGCUGAAAUUGGAGCUGAUCCCUGAUGUUACGAUCCCGCCCAUAAUCGCACAGCUGUGUAACCUGAGGGAGAUGUGGCUUUACCACACGCCGGCCAAAAUCGAGGCUCCUGCUCUGGCCUUCCUCCGCGAGAACCUCAAAUCACUACACAUAAAGUUCACAGACAUUAAGGAGAUCCCACUGUGGAUCUACAGCCUCAAGAACCUCAGCGAGCUUCAUCUGACCGGAAACCUCAGCGCGGAUAACAACCGAUUCAUCGUCAUCGACGGCCUGCGGGAGCUCAAGAGGCUCAAGGUCCUGCGGCUGAAGAGCAACCUCACUAAACUGCCUCAGGUGGUGACGGACGUUGGCGUUCACUUGCAGAAGCUCUCCAUCAAUAACGAAGGGACCAAACUGAUGGUUCUGAACAGUCUGAAGAAGAUGAUGAACCUGACGGAGCUGGAGCUGCUGCGCUGUGAUCUAGAGCGGAUCCCGCACUCCAUAUUCAGCCUGCACAAUCUACAGGAGAUCGAUCUGAAAGACAACAACUUGAAGACCAUUGAGGAGAUCAUCAGCUUCCAGCAUCUCCACAGACUGGUGUGCCUCAAGCUCUGGUACAACCAGAUCGCCUAUAUCCCCAUCCAGAUCGGCACCCUCACCAACCUGGAGCGCCUCUACCUGAACAGGAACAAGAUCGAGAAGAUUCCUGCCCAGCUCUUCUUCUGCAGGAAGCUGCGUUACCUGGACCUCAGCCACAACAACCUGACCAGCAUCCCUGCAGACAUCGGCUUCCUGCAGAACCUGCAGUACUUUGCGGUGACAGCCAACAGAAUCGAGGCGCUGCCACCCGAGUUGUUCCAGUGUAAGAAGCUGCGGACGCUGAAUCUGGGAAAUAACUGCCUUACGGUGCUGCCGUCACGUUUCGGAGAGUUAACCGGCCUCAUGCAGCUGGAGCUCCGCGGAAACCGGCUGGAGGGAUUACCGGUGGAGCUCUCCGAAUGUCGCCUUCUCAAGCGCUCCGGGCUGAUCGUAGAAGAGGACCUCUUCAACACCUUGCCGCCGGAGGUCAAGGAGCAGCUGUGGAGAACCGAUAAAGAACAAGCCUGAGCGAGACAGAGGAACUCUUAAAGGCAUAGUCCACCCAAAAAUUUACAUUUGCUGAAAAUCUACUCCCCCCUCAGGCCAUCCAAGAUGUAGA